AUGUCUCGAAUGGGACGGAAUAAUGGAGGAUUGACCUCAAAACCGGGCUGGGUUGGUGCAAUUGCACGUUUCUGGGAGAAAAGUUAUGCGCCAGAUUAUGUUGGAUUUGUAUUGCUGUUGACGGCAUACAUCUUGAUCGAAUUUCUUCAAGAACCGUUCCACCGCAUGUUCUUUAUCAAUAAUAUCGAUAUUCAGUACCCACAUGCUCUGGUGGAAAGAGUACCCGUUGGAUGGAAUUUGAUAUAUGCGGGAGUUGUCCCAUGCAUAACUUUAGCCCUCUGGUUGGGAGUUUCGAGGGCGAAUCUACAUAAAUGCCAUGUCACUAUGCUGGGAUUUUUUAUCGGAUUAGUUCUUACAUCAUUCAUUACUGAUGUCAUUAAGAACGCUGUUGGGAGACCUCGACCCGACCUUAUCUCCCGCUGCAAGCCUACACCCGAAACACCAGAGAAUAAACUGGUAACUAUUCACGUAUGCACGGAAAAGGAUCACCAUACGUUGCAUGAUGGGUGGAGAAGUUUUCCUUCGGGCCAUUCUUCUUUUGCCUUUGCUGGACUUGGAUACCUUGCAUUUUUCUUUGCUGGACAGACACAUGUCUUCAGACCGAGGACUGAUCUUGGGAGAGUACUAUUAGCUCUUGCUCCCUUGCUUGGAGCUGCCAUGAUUGCGAUCAGUCGAUGUGAAGAUUAUCGUCACGAUGUAUAUGAUGUUACAUGUGGAUCCAUUCUUGGCAUUUCUCUCGCAUAUUUCUCAUAUAGAAGGUAUUUUCCAAGGCUGCAUUCCCCUAAAUGUCAUGAACCUCACCCCUCGAGAGAAGCUGUAUUCAAUCAAGGUUUUGGAAAGAUCAAGAAUGAUGAAGAGACAGACGUAGGCAGGGCUGGAGAGUUUGAUGUGUCUGACAACGAGAGUGAUGAUGCGUCCUAG